GACGCGAAAUGCCAGUGAAAUGCUGUUUCUACAGGUCUCCAACGACGGAAACACUGGCAUGGUCUGAAAAUAUGGACUCGCUCUUAGCUAACCAAGCUGGACUGGAUGCUUUCCGAACAUUUCUAAAAUCAGAAUUUAGUGAAGAAAAUGUUGAGUUCUGGCUUGCCUGUGAAGACUUCAAGAAAACGGAAUGUAGAGAAAAGAUUGCUACCAAAGCUAAAAUGAUUUACUCCGAAUUCAUUGUAGCUGAUGCACCAAAAGAGAUUAACAUUGACUUCAGUACCAGAGACCUCAUCUCAAGGAAUAUUGCUGAACCAACUCCAAAAUGCUUUGAUGAGGCUCAGAAAUUAAUCUAUAGUCUCAUGGCCAAGGAUUCCUUCCCUCGUUUUCUAAAGUCAGAAAUUUAUAAGAAAUUGAUAAAUACCCAACAGGUUGGAAGUCAUAAAAGAUGGCUGCCUUUCCUGUGA